GGCAGCAGGAGCAGAGAGCAGCCAUUGCUGUGUCUGGCAGCAGGAGGGGGAGUAUGUAGAGGAACACAGGGGUCUGUACAAGGACGUGAUGAUGGAGAAUCACCGGCCCCUCACAUCACUGGAUGGGCCCAGUAACAGAGAUACCCCAGAGAGAUGUCCCUGUCCUCUGUAUUCCCAGGAUUGUACAGAGGAGAAUCACAGGAUCCCACAGGAGGAUCAGGAAGAAUGUCUGAUAUAAAGGCAGAAGAUAUAGAGGGAGAAGAAGAGACGUGUGUGACUGAUAUAAAGGCAGAAGAUAUAGAGGGAGAAGAAGAGACGUAUAUGACUGAUAUGAAGGCAGAAGAUACAGAGGGAGAAGAUGAGACGUAUGUGACUGAUAUGAAGGCAGAAGAUAUAGAGGGAGAAGAAGAGACGUAUGUGAGGGGUGAUCAGCAGUGUAAGGAGGAGGAGAUCCCUACAGAUAUCAGCACAGCAGAUGGACACACAAGCAGGAAUAUCUCAGAAGGACAUCUAAUGUUAUCCCCGCAUUGUGACAUAAAAGAUAAUGGCAGUAUACAGGAUUCUCCAGGAGAUAACCCCAUUACCCGAAUUAUACAUCCAGCUCUAUCAUCUUAUCCCCCUGAUCCUGGGAAAUGUUCUCCUGAUCACUCUAAAAUUGGUGCAUCUGUUACAGCUCUGACAGUAGAUAUAGAGUUUCCCUGUUCUAUAGAUGCAAAAUGUAUUACACAGAACACAAAGCCUAUUACCCAUCAGCCAGCUGAGAGGCCAUUUCCAUGUCCUGAGUGUGGGAACUGUUUUGCAUACAAAUCAGCUCUUGUUAUACAUCAGAGAAGUCACACAGGUGAGAGGCCAUAUUCCUGUUCUGAGUGUGGGAAAUGUUUCGCACACACAUCAGCUCUUGUUACACAUCAGAGAAGUCACACAGGUGAGAAGCCAUAUUCCUGUUCUGAGUGUGGGAAAUGUUUCUCACAGACAUCAGCUCUUGUUACACAUCAGAGAAGUCACACAGGUGAGAAGCCAUAUUCCUGUUCUGAGUGUGGGAAAUGUUUUGCACGGAAAUCAGAUCUUGUUACACAUCAGAGAAGUCACACAGGUGAGAAGCCGUACUCCUGUUCUGAGUGUGGGAAAUGUUUUGCAUACAAAUCAUAUCUUGUUCCACAUCAGAGAAGUCACACAGGUGAAAAGCCGUAUUCCUGUUCUGAGUGUGGUCAAUGUUUUGCACAGAAAUCACAUCUUGUUAAACAUGAGAGAAGGCACACAGGUGAGAAGUAAUUUUCCUGUUCCGAGUGUGGGAAAUGUUUUACACAGAAAUCAGAUCUUGUUCCACAUCAGAGAAGUCACACAGGUGAGAAGCCAUAUUCCUGUUCUGAGUGUGGAAAAUGUUUUGUACGGAAAUCAGUUCUUGUUAGACAUGAGAGAAGUCACACAGGUGAGAAGUAAUUUUCCUGUUCCGAGUGUGGGAAAUGUUUUGCACAGAAAUCAGUUCUUGUUACACAUCAGAGAAGUCACACAGGUGAGAAGCCGUAUUCCUGUUCCGAGUGUGGAAAAUGUUUUGUACGGAAAUCAGUUCUUGUUAAACAUCAGCGAUUUCACAGGGGAGAAGCCAUUUUCAUGCUGAGAGAGAAAUAAAUCCGCUCUUGUUGAACAUAUUAGACAUUACCCAAAUACGGAACCAUUUAAAUCUUCUGGAGUAUAAUUAUCACUGUCAUGCAAUGUUCCUCAAGGGUCAAUCCUAUCUCCUAAGCUUUAUAAAAUAUACAUGCUACCACUGGGUUAUAUAAUCAGACCUCAUGGCCUGGUCUACCACUGCUAUGCAGAUGACCUGCUUUUUGCUCCAUGUACUGAGAACCGAAUACCAAUCCUAAAUGGUUGUCUAGCUGAGCGCCAGGGGUGGAUGAUGCCAGUUGGCUGUGAUUCAGUCUUUGUGAAACAUAAUAGAAGCUCACCAGCAAAGGACAAGACUACAGCUUUACCAACCAGCUGGAUUUAUGCUUUGGUGUUCAGAAUUGCAAAAUACUGAACAUGUGCUGAAUCUUUGUGAUGUCCUGGUUUGUGGCUGACACUGACAUUGGGUAUCUGCCACAUACAAAUCCUCAUUCUUCCAUCUGUGGACCAUAGCCAGAAUCAAGCACUUGAUUCCCUCAGAAGUUCAUAGACUACUGCAAUGCCAUCUACCUGGGUCACCCAGCAAAAGAAUUACAGAGCUUGCAGCUAGUACAGAAUGCAGCAGCCAAGCUGUUACCUAACCAGCCCGUUCCUGCCUCAUAACACCCAUUCUCUGCUCCCUUCACCGGCUGCCUGUAAGAUGGGAAAUCUAUUUCAUAAUUGGCUAACUGACCUUCCCAGCCUAACAUUACAUGGUCCACGGUACUAGAAGCAGCUUCUGCCUCCUUACUGCCCUGCUUGCUGGCUUCUACAGAUGAAGGACUGUUACCAGCAGUACCAAGAAUCUCCUGUAAUUUAUUUAUGGGUUGAACGUUUAGCUUUGACCAUGGAACUCACUGCCUUGCACAUUCCAAGAGGCCUCCACUCUAGAGACCUUCACAAGCAGACUGAUGACUGUUACUCAUGCUUUUCAUUAAUGUACCUCUAUUUACUUCCUAAAUAAUACAUCCCAAAUGCUUAGGUCUUUUUUCUGCUGUUUAUUUAGUAUCUUGUGCUUUGUGUAAAUGUGAAUGUCUAAUACCAGUUUGCACAAUCUGUAUUACUACACGACAGUAUGGCGGCCAUUGGAACGUGUUUUCACUUCUAGUUUGCCUAACUUGUUGCAGACACUCAUCUUGAUCAGGAGUGCUGAGUGUUUUCUGAUACAAGAUCCUGUCCAUAUAUACCCUGUACAUUAUCAUGUGCAUUAGAGUCACCCGGGUUCCAUCUGCGGUGGUUUGUUGUAUGUUACAUCUAUAUGGUGCGGAUACUCCCCUGUAUGAUUUCAUAAUAAAAGCUUUUGAUUGCAUCUAA